CACACUAAAAAGAGUUCCUCAUCCCUUCCAGAAGCUGUGUAAUUCACAGCAGCGACAGUUCACAUCUGGAAUCUGGAAUUUCAAACAUCAUGACUACUUCAAUUGAGGAAAAAACUCUCUUCACCAUACAUUCCCAGAGCAUCUUUGUGUUCGACCCGCAUCACUCGGUCUACCUAGUCCACAAAGAGGAACAGACCUAUGCUCCCGAUCCUUGCCCCUACUCCCGCGAAGACCUUUCCAGAGAUGGUACGCCGGCUCCCAUCUUCCCACCAGUGUCCUUCCUGCGAGUCACCACAGAUCGCUUACCAAGGGAUACUCACCUGGGCUUCACGUUCGGCAGCAAUGCGGACCAGUGUGACAUCCUGCUUGACAAUGACCAAAGGAGAGGCAUCAGCAACCAACAGUUCUCCAUCAUUCCCAACCUAUCUACACCAGGAACCUUCCAUUUCCGGAAUUACAGUCAGCAUGCCACCAAGAUCCUGGUUGGAGACACGGGCCAGGUGGUCAAGUCAACCAGACGUAUAUCAGGCGAUACGCAAGUACACGUCCUCUUCGGACAUUUUGAUCUCCAGAUACGAUUUCCGAGCCAUAGAAGGCACCGGCCCGCGUUCCUGGAGAAGUGGGCCGAGUUUACGGCAAAGAAUGCGAGCCUCCCCUCAGACCUUCAGCACCUCGAGCUCGGCUCAAUGUUGAGAACGAGCCGAGCGCCAUCAAAGACGGGUUCAUAUCACCGCGGACCAAAGAUUGGGUAUGGGGAGAGUGGGGCCGUGUACUGGGAAGUGCAUCGAAAGACCGGUCAGGUCUACGCCGUGAAGUACUACCAUCAUGGCCGGCCCAACGAAGAGGCAAACCAAGAAGCGGAGUUAUUGGAGGAGAUCUCACAUGAACACAUCGUCCGGUUUAUCGGGUUCUUUGCCGAACCACGCGCGCUUGUCAUGGAAUACGUCGGUAUUACCCUCGAAGAAGAGAACGUAGUACGCCAGUUCUCACCUCUUGAAUUGAGAGAGGUUCUGAAGCAGCUUCUCCAAGCCCUCGGCUAUAUUCACCAACGUGGCAUCAUCCAUCGAGACGUCAAGCCUGCCAGCAUAUUGGUCAGGUCGCGGGAUCCCAUUUACGUCAAGCUUAGCGGCUUCACCACUGCGAGAACGCCAAAAUCACCGGAAGACAGGAAGUUCACUGCGCUCUACGCUGCACCAGAGAUGUUCGACGAAGACGAUGUUGAUAUUACCGACCGAAUCGAUAUCUGGUCGCUUGGCAUUGUGGCUUUACAGUUCUCCCAUGGGAUCCCAGCUUGCGUCCAACAAAAAACAGAUCCUUUUUGGUGGUUCACGCUUCAGUGCUGUCUCUCGAACUGUCGGACUACCUAUCUUGUUGAUGUUAUCCAGAACUGGCUCGCACCACAGCCGAGGACCCGUUGUCCUGCAAUCUUCAGCCUCAACUGCUUGCCAUACUUUACGCUACCUCAUAAGUCCCUUUUCGAUGGGAAUACUGUGUUAGACUUACCGGAUAACGACUGGCAGCAACUAGAAAGCAGAAUCGAAGAGAGCAUACCUGACACGGCGUCAUUCGAAGAAGACCCGUCUGCACCUCAUGUGCUGACACCAACGGAGGACGACCAAAGCGAGUGUAGCCAGCAUAAUGAGUCGCCAGGGACAGGCUUCAAUGCUUACUCCCAAAUUCGCGAUUGGUUGCCCGAUGCUCAAGAAGAGUCGAGUUUCAACGUCUACUCGUCACUCAGAGCUGAGCCUUCCCCAGUUAUUGUUAAAUCGCCAAGGCUGCCAUCGAGAGGUCUGAAAAAGAUGACGCGGAUGCAUCAGAUGCUUGUCUUCGUUGCCGACUCCUAG